UCAUUCGUUUGUGACGUUUUGCUACGUACCUAUGGUGUGUUUUCGCUGAAAUAUUUUUAAUGGGUCAAAAUCAUUGAUUUUAGUCCCAUAAGACGCGAUAAUGUCUGAUUCGGAAGGUAGCAAUUACUCAGGGAGUGGGUCUGACGCGGGUAGUGUGGCAUCCCGUCGGUCACGGAGGAGCGCCGCAUCGAAUCGUUCAGUGCGUUCGCGCUCGGGCUCCCGGUCGCGAUCUGGCAGCCGCAGCCUUUCGCGGACUCCGUCCAGAGGCUCCAGAUCACGCUCUAGGUCUAAAUCACGCUCACGAUCCCGUUCUAGGAGUCGUUCAGCGGGUUCCGAUGGCAGUCGCAACAAAGAUGAUGAAGCAAAAGAGGCAUCUGGUGAUGAAGAAGUUGAGGAUGAACAAGAACCAGAGGGUGAGGACCUAGUGGACUCAGAGGAAUAUGAAGAAGACGAGGAAGAAGAAAGACUGAGGAAGAAGCGCAAGAAGGACAGUCGCUAUGGAGGCUUUAUUAUUGAUGAAGCUGAGGUGGAUGACGAGGUUGACGAAGAUGAUGAGUGGGAAGAGGGAGCACAAGAAAUGGGUAUUGUGGGCAAUGAGGUUGAUGAAAUCGGACCUACUGCCCGAGAAAUCGAGGGCAGGCGCCGAGGUACCAACCUCUGGGACUCACAGAAAGAGGAAGAGAUUGAAGAAUACCUUAGGAACAAAUAUGCAGAUGAGUCAGCAGCCCUCAGACACUUUGGUGAGGGUGGCGAGGAAAUGUCGGAUGAAAUCACCCAACAAACCCUGUUGCCUGGUAUCAAGGACCCCAACUUAUGGAUGGUCAAAUGCAGAAUAGGUGAAGAGAAAGCCACUGUCCUACUCCUAAUGAGAAAGUUCAUUGCCUACCAGUUCUCAGAGGAACCUUUUCAGAUCAAAUCUGUUGUGGCACCAGAAGGUGUCAAAGGCUAUAUUUACAUUGAAGCCUACAAGCAGACACACGUUAAAAAUAUCAUAAAUAAUGUAGGUACACUCAGAAUGGGUAUUUGGAAGCAGGACAUGGUUCCUAUCAAAGAAAUGACUGAUGUGCUCAGAGUAGUCAAAGAACAGUCUGGGUUGAAACCAAAGCAAUGGGUCAGGUUAAAGAGAGGUCUCUACAAAGAUGAUAUAGCUCAAGUUGAUUAUGUAGAUCUAGCUCAAAAUCAAGUGCAUUUGAAGUUGUUACCUAGAAUAGAUUAUACCAGGCUGAGAGGGGCAUUGAGAACUGUUCAAAGUGAAAGUGAAGCAGCUAAAAGGAAAAAGAAGAGACGCCCUGCUGCCAAACCUUUUGACCCUGAGGCUAUCAGAGCCAUCGGUGGUGAAGUGACAUCUGAUGGUGAUUUCUUAAUAUUUGAAGGUAAUAGAUAUUCUCGAAAGGGAUUCUUAUACAAAAACUUCACAAUGUCUGCCAUAUUGGCAGAAGGUGUGAAACCUACACUUACUGAAUUAGAAAGGUUUGAGGAACAACCUGAAGGAAUUGAUAUAGAAUUAGCAGCACCUGCCAAAGAUGAUCCUACUAGCUUACACUCAUUUUCAAUGGGAGACAACGUGGAAGUGUGCUCUGGUGACUUAGCGAACUUACAAGCUAGGAUUAUCGCGAUAGACGGGUCGAUGAUAACCGUGAUGCCGAAGCACGACGCGCUGAAGGACCCGCUGGUGUUCAAGCCGAACGAGCUGCGCAAGUACUUCAAGCAGGGCGACCACGUGAAGGUGCUGGCGGGGCGCUACGAGGGCGACACCGGGCUCGUCGUGCGCGUGGAGCCGCACCGCGCCGUGCUCGUGUCCGACCUCACCAUGCACGAGCUGGAGGUGCUGCCUCGAGACUUGCAGCUCUGCUCCGACAUGGCCACCGGCGUCGACUCGCUCGGCCACUUCCAGUGGGGGGACAUGGUGCAGCUCGACCCGCAGACCGUUGGCGUCAUCGUCAGGCUCGAGAAGGAGAAUUUCCAUGUCCUUGGCAUGCAGGGCAAAGUAAUCGAAUGCAAGCCGCAAGCUUUGCAGAAGCGACGUGAAAACAGAUUUACUAUGGCCCUUGACUCAGAACAGAAUACGAUUCAGAAGCGUGAUAUCGUGAAAGUAAUCGACGGACCGCAUGCCGGACGUAACGGAGAGAUCAAGCAUCUGUACAGAAACUUCGCGUUCUUGCAAUCUCGUAUGUACUUGGAUAACGGCGGUAUAUUCGUGUGCAAGACGCGACACUUGCAACUGGCUGGAGGCAACAAGAACUCCAACGCGUCAGCCGGGCUAUCUCUGGGCUUUAUGUCACCGCGCAUUCAGUCGCCCAUGCACCCGUCUGGUCGCGGCGGCAUGACUCCGCGCGGCCGCGGGGGACGCGGGGGCCGGGGCGGCGGGGUGACCCGUGACCGAGAGCUCAUCGGACAGACCAUCAAGAUCACCGGCGGGCCUUACAAGGGAAAUGUGGGCAUCGUGAAGGACGCCACCGGCAGCACCGCUCGCGUGGAGCUGCACUCCGCCUGCCAGACCAUCUCCGUGGACCGCUCGCACAUCGCGGGCGCCGGCAACACGUCGCGCGACGGCGCCAGCUCCUUCUACACGCGCACCCCCGGCCGCACGCCCACGCUCGGCGCGCAGACGCCCACCUACCGCGACACCGGCAUCAAGACGCCCAUGCACGGCUCCGCCACGCCCAUCUACGACGUGGGCGGGCGCACGCCGCACUACGGCUCGGCCACGCCGUCGCACGAGGGCGGGCGGACGCCGGCACACGGCGCGUGGGACCCGGCGGCCGCCGCCACGCCCGCGCGGCCGCACGACUUCGAGUACGGCGCGCUGGACGACGCCGACGCCGCCUACGCCGGGCCCUUCACGCCGCAGACGCCGGGCACCAUGUACGGCUCGGACCACACGUACUCGCCGUACCGGCCGUCGCCGUCGCCGGCGGGCUACACGGCCGGGUACCCGGGCACGCCGUCGCCGGGCGGCUACUCGCCGCGCUCGCCGUACGCGGGCGCGGACGCGGCGCCGGACUGGCACACGACGGACCUGGAGGUGCGCGUGCGGGCACACGAGGACUCGGCGCUGGCGGGGCAGGCGGGGGUGCUGCGCGGGCUGUCGGCCGGGACGUGCGCCCUGUACUUGCCGCAGGAGGACCGCGUCGUCAACGUGCUGGCCGACCUGCUCGAGCCCGUUGUGCCGCAGUCCGGAGACACCGUCAAGGUAAUCGCCGGCGAGGAUCGCGAGGCAGUCGGUCAGCUGAUCUCCAUAGAAAAUCAGGAAGGUGUCGUCAAGUUCGGCACGGAUGACAUCAAGAUCAUGCAGCUGCGACACCUGUGCAAGAUGAGCACCGCCUAGACGCUUCGUUAUGACGACACAUAAACUAGCUUUACUUUAGGGGAUACAAUUUAUUUUCGUUGUGACUGUAAUCUUUUGACUGUUUCUAAACUAUGUUAAGAUUGAUUUCUGAUCUAGAUUAUGUUUCAAAAGUAUUUUCUCGCAGGUUGAAUGUCAUCUUUCAUACCACUCAUAAGUAAGUGACAUUUCAUAAUCAAGGAAUUGUUCUUUUUAAAUACUGGACUCAAAAACUUACUGUUGAUUAUUUUCCGACACCUGUACGUACUGUACUCUUACAGUUAACUUCUAUUUAAAGCAUUAGUUACGAGAAUGUUAUAUUAUUUACAGAAGUAUAAAUAAACUUUACAACUGCAAUGUAAAAA